CGUAAUGCAACUAAUGACAAGUUUUGCAAAUGCUAUGGAUGGAAGAAUAAAAUUUACAUCCCUUAGCGAACAAGAUAUGAAAUCAGCUCUAAAAACUUUACCGGAUUUAGGAACAGUAUUAUUACAUAAAUCCAACGAAGGUCCAUUUGCAAACGAAAUGUGGGCUACUAGAAAAUCGGAACGUCGUUUUGCUGCCGACUACCCAGCUUCAUCAGACGACAGCGUUGGUGAAACUGAUCCUGAUUUCGGGGUAUUUCACAUGGGAAAAAGUUUAGUGAAAAUUCCUGCAGAUCGACAUAAAAAUCCUACAUAUGUUCCAAAAUAUCAAAUUGUUAAUCAAGACGUAACCGUCCAGGAUGAGAAUCACACUAAAUUGCAAAGAUUUCGACAUGUGAGAUUUGGCGAUUUGGAGGAGAAACGAUAUCCACAACAUUCGGAGAUGGACAAUCCGGGGAUCCUUUCCAUACGUUGCCAAAGCGCUCCAGAUAUUUCGAUUGUGAGAAAAUGGAACACGGAAAGAUCAGAAGGCCAAAAAUUAAAUACAAACUGGCAAAGGGAUGCGGUAGGACGUCGACUACACGGGACAAUAAAAUCUGUCGUUAUUUGA